UCAUUCACGGAUUUGACUCACAGCCUUAGUGCUUGCUGUCUGACCCAACCUAUUCCGAGGCGGUGGUCUUUAAGCAUUAGGCUAAUGACUGUCGGUUUAUACACCGGAUUGGUGUCAAUUCGGAUAACAACUCGGCGUUAAAAAAGAACGUUAUUAAUCAGUUUGGAUCAGGGAUGUCGGGACACUGAGUACCAUCUGGGUGUAGAAAGAGCAGGGAAGGCAAGGGAAGGGCUCCUCCUAGACAUAUUGCCUUUAAUUUCUCUCUUUGUUGACCGGCCCCUGAGAAGCAAAGGUACACGCCUUGGCCCUUUCACAGAGUCCACAUUGAUCCUCAUCACAUCUGUGACUUGUACCAUUUCCUUCUUCCCGAUCUCUCCUCACCGCUGCUCAGCACUCUCCUGCACCGCACUUAAUCCUCCUCUCUAGCCCUGCCCUCCUGAGUUGCCAUGGCAGCCGCCAAGCCAAAAGGGCAGAACUCUCUGGCCCUGCAUAAAGUGAUUAUGGUCGGCAGUGGAGGUGUGGGCAAAUCAGCCCUCACCUUACAAUUCAUGUAUGAUGAGUUUGUGGAGGACUAUGAGCCUACGAAAGCUGACAGCUACAGGAAGAAGGUCGUCCUGGAUGGAGAGGAGGUGCAGAUCGACAUUCUGGACACAGCAGGUCAAGAAGACUACGCGGCCAUUAGGGACAACUACUUCCGCAGUGGAGAAGGCUUCCUCUGCGUCUUCUCCAUCACAGAGUUGGAAUCGUUUGCUGCGACUGCCGACUUCAGAGAGCAGAUCCUGCGUGUGAAGGAGGAUGAGAACGUACCCUUCCUUUUGGUGGGGAAUAAAUCAGACCUGGAGGACAGGAGACAGGUGAGCGCAGACGAGGCCAAGAGUCGGGCUGAGCAGUGGGGCGUGUGCUACGUGGAAACAUCUGCCAAAACACGUGCCAACGUGGACAAGGUGUUCUUCGACUUGAUGAGAGAAAUCCGCGCCAGGAAGAUGGAGGACAGCAAGGAGAAGAACGGGAAGAAGAAGAGGAAAAGUCUGGCCAAAAGAAUCCGAGAGAGAUGUUGCAUUUUAUAGUAAAAAAAAAAGUGCUUUAACAAUCAUUCCCAUGCUCUUCCCUUAUGUUUUAAGUAUGUAAAUAUGUCUGUUCCAUAUUUCACCUCACAGCCAACUAAUCCUGGCGUGUGUGUAAAUCUGUGAGGGGUUUGCAGCUUUGUGGUCAUGGUGAUCGUCCGUCAGAGCCAGAGUUGGUUUUAUAGCGCUUUAGAGUUUUGCCUCAGAUGAAGCUACUAGGAGCGCCUUUUCACUUUCCACCAUGCGUUCGUUGUUUGCCAACGUACCAGAAAAUCCACAAUAUCUUGUGGAGCGUCAUUGCCACAUGUUGGCACCACUUUUCGAAUCGCUCUCAAUCCAGUGAUUUGAACAGGUUCAGCACAAACCCUGGGAUCCUGCUGCUUGAUAAAAUCCUGAACUGGAACCAGUGGGUCAAAAAAAAAAAAAAGGUGUACCACUCAAUAGGUUCAGAUCUAUUAUUCCUGGGUUAUUUGCUCAAUUUUGUUUGUAAAAAAAAAAAAAAAAGAGGUCAAAUAUCCCACAAGACAGGCUGCCUUAGACCGAAUGAAAUCAGAUGGAUAUAAGUUACUAAUGAGCCAUUGUGUGUCCUCGUUAUACAAACAUAAAUGUCGGAUUGUUGUUACAGGAAAAAAUGUUUGGCUGUCAGUCAUGCUUAAUUGUUGCUGUUUAUAUUAAAAGCACAGUAACAUGGGGUUAAUAGCUAGUAAACACUGACGGUAUGAGACACUAGUUGUGUGUAUCUUUAACAAUUUCCCCCUUUUGUUUUAUUCGAUGCUUUUCGCAAAGCUUGUGAGAAAUGUGAAUUGGGAAAAGGAAGUUGCUUGCAAAGCCAUUUGACUUCCUGAUGCCUUCGUGUCAAAUGUGAAUGUGAAGCUCCAUAUUCAACCUUUUUAAGGUAUUGAAGAUAUUGGAGCAGUAGUUUGCAGGGAAGGCCACUUGCCCUGUAUAACGUACUUUUAAACUGUACAUGGCUUUAUUGUAGUUUGUAAAUGUGGUGUUUUGCAAGGUGUUCUCUGCCAUAAUAUCAGAGAUGCAAUUUACAAAAAAAGGCUAAUGCCCUGUAAAAUACCAGUACAAUGUUUUAUGUUAUUCUGUGGGGUAAGUAAAGUGGCCGUUCGUGUGUACUUUUUUUUUUUUUUCUUUUUCUUUUUUUUUUUUUUAUACACAAGUACACAUUGAAACAAACUUUAUUGAGAUUUUGUUUUAUUGGUCAUUAUGUUCAGAUUUUAAUUUAUUUUUAAUGAAUGACUGACUUUAUUAUAGACAUUUCUUAAUGUAGAAUAUUAGUUUCACUGUACUCUUUGUGUAUUUCUUUCUUUUAAUGUACCUCUUUUAUAUUGCUUUUUAACAAAAAUGCUCUAACUGGCCAAUUGCUUAAUUUACCAAAAUGUAGUGUAGUGGAGGUUUGAUGCGUUUGCGCUCACAUCUAAUACAUACAAAACACUAACAACAGCCAGGCAUGCGUUCUGCAAAUGUGUUUUUUUUUUUUUGUUUUUUUAAAUGGACAAGUGACACUAAAGGUUUUAGAUAACACAACACCAUCAUUGCCAGGUUUGUGAGUUUUCAGAAAUCUGGGACAAACCAUUUUGUAGAUUUGAUCAGUUUUUAAAAUUGAGAUCUUUACACCUGUAACCACCACGAUGCCAUUUAUGGUUAUUCAUAGUUCACGGUUAAUAUAGUAUCAAAUGUUGAACUGUAACUCUGUUGAAGCUUAAGUAUGAAAUACUGUAUGUUGGAACGGUAGUGUGAGAUAACCAUGGUGGGCUUUUGUAGCAAAAUUACUAAGCUGUGCUUUGCCUACUUAUUUACUAAUCCUGUCAUGGUGCUAAUUUCUUGCUUAUUCGCAAUGGCUCAAACGUACCUGUUCACGUGCGUGCAAGCGUGUGCACAUGCACACAAGAUUUGUUUAAAAACUGUAUGAAUGAUGUUCGUGUCCAUGCAAAUUAUUAGACUGAAUUCAAUACAACCCAAUUUAAUUCAUGUACGGACUUGUUAGAAUGUUUUCUUUGUGAAAUGCACUGUUCUGUCUUAUAUUUGGCAGGACCCAUCAUUUUACUCUUCACUCUGUAGCAGCAGUGAAGAUUUUUUUUGCAUUGCCAUUUUUAAAAAAAGUUUCAUUUACUAUGUUUUGUUUCUAAUGCUGAUCUGUUCUUCCAGGAUUCAUUUCCGUCAAAGGUCAUUGUGAAUGAUUGCACGGGGCAAAAACUUUAUUUUAUCACUCGCAGAUCAGUUUGUAAUUUAUCUAACUUGUUUUGCAUUUUUGUACAGUAUAUAGGCAUCUAAUGUGACUGUUCCAAAUGAUUUACACUUUACAGGUUUAUAAACAUCCAUGUACAUACGUUUAACUCCUGCAGUAGUUGACCACGCCAUUGGCACUUAAUUUCAUUGGCACCACACACUUUUCUUUCUUUCUUUUUUUUUUUUUUUCUGCUGAAUUAGCCAUAUCCCUCUGUAUUUGUCUCUAUGACUUCUGUACUGUGAGCCAUUGGAAAGAAAAAAUAAAUUGAAAGUGAUGACUUUUUUUUUUUUUUUUUUAUUAGAAAUAAAAUCGUUAUUCAGACUCUA